AUGCAUAUACUGGUUGUCAACGAUGACGGUCCGCCCUCCAGCCGCCUCUCCCCCUACAUCCAACCAUUCGUCAAUGCCCUCCAAGACGCCGGCCACCUCGUCUCCGUCGCCAUCCCCGCCGCCUCGCGGUCCUGGAUCGGCAAAGCCCACCUGAUCGAAGCCGCCCUGAAAGCCACCUACGUGCCGCCCUCCGCCUUCCGUAACGACGGCACUUGGGACGAGUCCGCUACGAGCGACGCCGCCGCCGAUGACAAGCCCGACUGGGUCGUGAUCGAGAACGGCACUCCGGCCAGCUGCGUCCAGCUGGGCCUGUUCAACCUCUUCGCCGACCGCCCCCCCAUCGACCUCGUCAUCUCCGGCCCCAACCACGGCCGCAACGCCUCCACCAUCUACAACCUCUCCUCCGGCACCGUCGGCGGCGCCCUCGAGGCCGCCACCUGCGGCAAGCGCGGCAUCGCCAUCUCCUUCGGCAGCAAAGACCCCCAGCCGCAAGACACCAUCCUCGCCGCCUCCCGCCUCGCCGUCCGCCUCGUCAACCAUCUCCUCCAAGUCUGGGACCCCCGCGUCGAGCUGUACAACCUCAACCUGCCCAUGCGCCCGGACGUCGAGUCCCAGCCCAUCCACUACACCCGCGCUCUGCCCUAUUACUGGGCCCGCGGCUAUCUGUAUGCCGAGACGGACACCACGCCCCAGACCAAUGGUGUCCACACCAAUGGCAUCAAGACAAACGGCGUCCACACCAACGGCGCCGCCGCGUCGCCGCUCAAACAGCGCAGCUUCACGUGGGCCGCUCAAUUGACCGAUAUGAAGAAGGCCCUGCAGGCGAGUCCUGAGGGUACCGACGCCCACACCGUCCUAAAUGGGAUGACCAGUGUCACUGCGCUGUGUGCCAAUUUCUCGCACGUCCCUGGCCUCGAUGGCCCGCUGGUCCUGGAGAAUGAGUAUGGGAAUUGA